AGGAAACUAUCAUGAACCAGGAGAAGGAGACGAUCAGGGAACUAAUUUCGAAGUUGAGCCGCUGUGAGAGUCAGAGUGUUCUGGUGCCCGUGGCCGGAGGUCGGAGAAAAGAACCGGGCAAAAACACAAUGGGAGACGUGUCCCGCGGCCCGCCAGAUACUCUAGCCCAACUCGGGCAGACUUUAGCCACGCUUAAACAGAGAUUGGAAAACCUGGAGCAGUCCAGCAGGAACAACGGCUCUGUCCAGGCGAGCAGCCUUAAAGAACUGCUUCAAAAUAAGAUCGAUGAUAUGGAGAAGCAGGUGCUGUCCCGGGUCAAUACUCUGGAGGAGAGAAAACCCGGGCAGAAGAAUGACACGGAUCAGCGCAAUCGAGUGGAGUCAACCCUCACCUCCUUACAUCAAAAAAUUAACGACCUAGAGAAAGGUCAGAGAUCUCAUUCCAUGAGAAAUUUUACUUAUGUGUAAUGCAAAUAAUAAAUA